CCCAAAUUUGUUCCCUGGCUAGCGGUAAUUUCUAAAGCCCAGGAAGCCAUUGGGUAACAGGUUCUCUGGCUGAAGGCACAAUGUGCAGAAAACUUUUAAAAGCUCCAAAUUACAGAGGGUAGAACACAGCUGAAAACAAAGCUCUUCCCACAUUUCUCCUGCUAGUGAUGCAGAGACCUGGAGUUUUGUGUUUCACUUCAUGGAUCACAGGAACUGGAGUUUUGUGUUUAACCUUCUUCCAGUUAGCAGACUCUGAGUUGGACUGUGAGCUUGGCGAGAGGUGCGUCAGGCAGAGCAAUGAAAACUUUACCAGCUGGUAUGUGUGGUUCCUGAUGUUGUUUUUCCUGGCCUUGCUCCUGUCCUGUGGGAUCUGCUGCUGUCUGCAGUGCUGGCUGAAACGGCGGAGCUGCCUCCCCCGCCAACGCACCCUGGCUGUCUUUGCACUCAGCAGCUCGGAUGCAUUUUGCGCAAGUGAAGUGCCUCAGUGCCCAUUCUCUGGAUCUCCGAGCCCCUCCAUGACUGUGGAGAUGUCCUCUUCCUCUGUCCCACGGUUCAGCCUUGGGGGAACUGAGUUGCCUCCAUCCUAUGAGGAUAUUAUGAACGAAAACAAGCUCUAGAUGCCACAUGUUGGCUUUCUGCGAUUCCAUCUGGUUCAUCAGAGAGGUUCCAUUAUGCUACAGUAGUGUGAGAUCAAGCCAGCCCUUUCCACAUGUUGGCCGAGAGACUGAAAAGCAGCACAUAUUUUAUCUGAACCUAAAAGGGGAGACAAAAUGCAACAGAAUAAAUGCCAAAAGCAUGUGUUGAAUCUGUCACGGGAGCUCAGCUUGACAUUUUGAUAGGGCUCUAGAUUUCGAGAAGGUCCUUCAAAGGUCUGUCUGUAUUUGCGGUUUUUGGCUCAGCCUCCAGAUUUACAUCUCCAAGGCUGCUCGAGCUGGUGUAACCCCAUGUGUUUUAGGACUGAAUGUUGAUAAAUGACUUGAUAGUUACUUCACAAACUUGGGCUGCCUCCUUCACUCGGCACAGUGCCAACAAACACCCUCUGGCAAAGUCAGGUUGUUCUAAUAUAUUGUAAUGCAAUCAUGCCACUCUGUGAUGAAGGAUCAUUUGCCACAUUUAAAAUAUUUAGCACAGCAUAUCAGAUUUGUCUAGUGCAAAAGGCAGCAAAUUUAUGGCCAGGGAGGGAAAGCUAGAGAUAGGGAUUAUGGGAGGGGUAGGCAGCAGCAGGACCUGACUACAGAACAUGAAAAAAAAAGUGAGUUUGCUCAUUUAAACUGUUAUUAAUUUCAUGAUGACUUCCCAGCUACUCUUGCCCUAGCACUGCAGAUCUACAGACUUUGAAUGGCUGAGGACCCACAUGGCAGUUCCCGAUAGAAAUGCAUUCUGGGAUUAGGUAUUUGGUGCUUAGGUACAGAAAUUUAUUAGGAUAAAGAAUGUAAUUUUCUUUGAGGUGACCACCGCAGGCAGGAUGGGAAGAGACUUUAAGAAGACUGCCUUAUACCCAAGGAAGCUCAGCUCUAGCUAAGCCAUUCCUAGGAGGUAUUAGCCUGCCUAGUUCUCAAAUUACAGAGAAAAAGAUGCUGAAUUUCCCCUUUAGCUGGAUUCCAGAUGAAAGCAAAGAUUUCCUUUGUUUGUCAUGGGCAGGUCACUGAAAGCUGGAUUCAACCUGCCUGACCUCUUUUCCUCUGUUCUUUCAACGAUGAGGGCUGGGGGCUGCAAUCAGGUGCUUCUUGGUGCAGAAGGUAAAUGUCACGCCUAGUGCCAUGCAUCACAUGCCCAGGGAGCCACAAGCUCACAAGGUGGGCAGCUGGGUCCAUCUUAAAUACCCCAAAAGAUUAAUGGAAUCCCACAGCCUGCCUCCUGGAGCAGCUCCCCACCUGUAGAGUGGGGUUAGUACCAGUUCCCCUGCUCAGGAAGAAAACUGGGAAGAUAAACCCACUAAGGGUUAUGAAGCGCUCAUGUAUUCUCGUAAUAAGGCUAUGCAAGUACCUUCAGUAGAUAAAGAAUUAUAGCAUAUUUUAAGAGACAAAUUCUCUGCCAGCACCACCACAAAUUAUCCCCAUAAAAUCUUACUUUAGAAGCAACUUUAAUGUUUGACUCUUGUGUGAAAGGAAAUAGAUGUUACUGUAGCAAAAUGAAUGUUUGUGCCAGCAGGCUAAAAUAUUACAGGGAUUAUUAAUACGGAAAAUUAGCAAGUACAGACUCAGCCAGCGGAGAAGUCAAGCUACUCCUGAGUGUCCUUUCACUGGCUGAACGUAGUAAGAAUUGCAGGUAAUCAGCACCUCUCAGGAUCAGACCUUUUAUAUACGUAAGUGCUUCCACUACUCAACCCCUUCAAUUUAUGCCCUGAAGCAUGAGAUUUGAUUAUGUUUGUCACUUCAGCUUGCGUAGCCUGCUAGUGGGCAUUAAAUCAGCCAUCCCUUCCUUCCCACCUACACACUGCGUUUGCUUCAAUGGCCCCUUCGUGGAAGUGAACUCCACAGGUUGUCUGCAUUAUAAGCUGCAUAAAACAUUACCAUCUCCCGCUUAUUAAUUGCUUGGCUCUAAAUAAAUUGCUGCCUUUAAUUUCAUUGAAUGUCACCUUCUAAUCAGAUGGCUGGAGAGGCUAACAAGCAAGCACUGCUCUGCUUUCAAUGCUUCCAUCACUCUGCGUCCCUAUUUCACAAGGUCCAGUAAGUGGCACUCAUUACUGAGGCAGUAAAUCCUUCCCCAGCCACCCAACAGAGGGCAAGCAAGGCUUUCAGCAACACACCCAGGAUGCUGCUGCUCUUGCAGAAACAUUCUUGGGAAACAGGUUCUGUGCUACUGGUGUGCAUUCAAGUGCAUUCAGCUUCAUGUUUGGGGUACUUUAAUUAUUGA